AUGGUAGUGCAGGAAUCAUCAUCUUCAUCAUCAUCAUCAGGAAGCUCAUAUGAAUCUGAAACAAACUCAGAACCUGAGCCUGAAGCUGCAGCCUCUAAAUUGGAACUCACUAUCAGUCCUCUCACUGAAAUCCCCCCCUCAGUGAAGAACAUACUGGAGAAAAUUGAUGCUGCCCAGCUCGACAGAGCCAGGAAGGAGGUUUUUAAGCAACUGUUUGUAAUUCUGGACAAUGUGAACCGGGUAUGUGACCGCUUCAAAGGGGACGAAGGGAUGGACCCAGAGAUAGAAGAACAGUUCUUCCUCUCCGGCACUUGGGCUGAGAGGAAACGGAGGGCACUUCUACUGGACAAAGUAGCCAUCUUGCUCAAAGCCAGCACAGCUCAAGGGAAAGAUUUAAAGUUCGUUCUGGAAUCGUUAAAAGAAUGGGGUGAAAUGUUGUCAGAAGGCAAAGAACAAGUAGGAGACACCCCCACUGUCCAGUGGGUCAGUGAUAUGGAGACCAAGCUGCUGACUUCCCUUGAUUAUACAGAAGGAUGUAUAAUGCAGCUAAUCGAGCUCUGCACACCUCUUGUGGAACACAGACGGAAAAAGAGGGGGAAAUCAAUUGUUCCCAAAACCGGCAUGUGGAGAGCAUGGCGAGAAAAAGUUGCACAGAAACCUCAGGAAGCCCAGCCCUUGAGCCCUGAACAAAUGCUAGAAGAUGAAUCUAUAACUUUCUCCAGGACUUCUGAGCUCCUUACCAUGUUACAGGAAUUUGUAGGGUCAACACUGUUCAACAAAGCAGAAGUUGUUGUUGUUAAAUAUAUAGUGACAAUGGUGGCCAAUCUCACCAAAGCCUUCACUUUGCUAACCAAACAGUCCCAUGGCCUGCAAGCAAAGUAUGAUACCUUAGUAUCCCAGGAGUCCAAGAAGCAGGAAGUUCAGUAUGUGAACCUUCAAAAGGAAGUACAGGUGCUUAAUGAGAAAAAGGCAUCUUUGGAGGCUCGAGUCCAAAGCACUGAACACAAAUACAAGAUGCUUUUCUUAGCAAAUGAGGCAAUGCAAAAAGAACUGCACAAGGUGAAGGAAAAAGCAGUAGUAAAGACAGAACCGUCUUUAAGAGACAUGAAAUUUGGGGUCAGGGCUUCUUAUGAAAGGAAAUCCCAGGAAGAUGAUAAACAUCUGAGUAGGGAAAAGGAUGCGAAUCUGUCAGCUGAAAAAUCCCAGGCAGACCUUGCUAAAUCCCCCAGUGGGAAAAGGGAGGCAAAGGUACCAGAUAAAAAGCAGCUUCAGAGACCAUUGGUAGAGAAAACAGAAGACACCAGUGAUAAACAGGAUACAAAGCUUCUAGAUAAAAAGCCAGCACUGAAAGCCUCAAUAGAGAGAGGUGAAGGCACCAGUGACAAACAGGAUGCAAAGCUUCUAGAUAAAAAGCCAGCACUGAAAGCCUCGACAGAGAGAGGUGAAGGCAUCAGUGACAAACAGGAUAUAAAGCUUCUAGAUAAAAAGCCAGCACUGAAAGUCUCGACAGAGAGAGGUGAAGACACCAGUGACAAACAGAAGGCACAGAAAGCCCCAGUAGAGAGAACUCAAGACACUGUUGUCAAAUGGGAUGCAGUCAUCCCAGUGGAAAAACAAGAAGGGACUUCAGGAGCCCUGGCUGAAAGAUGGCAUGAACAACCUCUGGACAGUGAGCAAACAGAGGCUGCUGACAAACGGGAUGUGAACCUCCUGGGUGGAACCCAGGAAGUUGUUGAAGAUGUCACUGGUGAGUGGCAUGAGCUCAAGGCUGACAGUGAAGAAGACACUGAAAGGCUCCCAUCCCCCACAGAGCUCCCAUGCCAAGGGGUCUCUAGGAAAGGAAAGCAGAGGAGGAAGAAGGAAAGCCUGUACACUGAGGAGACACAUACACAAAUAUCUCAGAGCCCUGUCAGCGGAAGCAUGCUGGACCCAUCCACUGCACUGUGUGGGUUUAAUUCAGCUAUCCUGGCUUAUCUGGAGCAGAAGAUGGAGAAGCUAUGGAAAUGUCCCUCUCCUGGGCAGAGACAAGCAGAGAGGAUGCUGCCCAAGGACCCAGAAGCCCAAAGACAAACCUUAAUGUCCAGAUUGGAAGCUGCCAGAGCUGUAAAUAAUGGUGCUGAGGUCCGGAACUUGUAUACAUAUGUGGAGAGGGUGGAUGCUUACCGGAAAAAGGUGCUACAGUGCUGGGUGGCCAAACAGAAAACAGCAGAGCAGACACGUCGACACUGCCUUGGCAAGAUGAUUUCCUUGUUUGCCCAGCUCCGCCUGAGCUCUGAACUCCACCUCAACAGCCCAUCCCCACUCGUGAUCAAAGCAGUGGAUGAAAUGAAGGAGUUCCCAUCCUCAGCCCAUGCCAGAUCCAAAUCCCCUGGCUAUCCAAGCCCCCUGGCAAGUGUGAAGAAAGUCAGAGACUUUAUGCAUCCAGCUGGAGUCAGUGAGCAGGUUUGUGACCAGAUAGAGUCAGUAUGGAGGACCGAUGUCAUCUCUCACAGUUUUCCUAUCGUUCCAAAACCCCAUGUGUCACUGCUCUGGUCCCAGGCUGGUUUCCCAGAUAUCCCUAGAUUUCUGGAACUGGACGUGAGCUCAGUUAGGAGCAAACCCCUUAAGUCUCUACAGACACGGUAA